AUGAAAGCUCAGAGGAUAUACCUUAGAGCUUCUAAGGCUAUUCUCAGAGAAAGGAUUGGUUUUGUGAAGAAAGAACUAUUCCAUAAACAACAACUAUGCAGAUCUCUGGAAUGGGAAUUGGAAACAGAACUCAACCAAGAGACCUGGAACACCCUGGACAAUAUCACUAGACAACAAUCAGCAAGAAUAAAGGAAAGAAAACAGAAAACACAUGACAAGAAAUUCCAAACUCUGUUACAAGAGGAAGGAAACACAUCACAGAACAAACAUCCACAACUGCAACAACAGCAAACUGUCCACAACCUGAGUGACAAACCAAUAGCAACAAAUGCCCUCAAGGCUUUGGAGAAAGGCUUGAACUUUGCCAUUGCCCCUUCCUACAUUCCAACUGAAGAAAUCAUAACUGGAGUAGAAGCCACAAUCAGAACUCUUCCAGAAGAAGAAGCAGAAGAAAUCCGCCAACAGACUGUACACAUACUGAAGAAAUCAAAACCACCAAAGGCUAACCUAACCAAAGAGGAACAGACAGCUCUGAAAGAACUGACCAAAAACAAAGACAUCAUUGUGACUAGAGCAGACAAAGGCAAUGCCACAGUUAUCAUGAACAAAGUGGACUACAACAACAAAAUCCAACAACUACUCAAUGAUCAGACUUACCAGAAGGCCAAAAGGAACCCAACUACAAGAUUCGAAAAUGCAACCAAGAAAUUGAUAAAUGAAUCCACCAGCAUUGAUGCCAAAACAAAAAAGUGGAUAACCCCCCAGGACUCCAGAGUUCCAAAACUCUAUGGACUGCCAAAGAUCCACAAAAAAGAUGUACCACUGAGACCUAUUGUAUCCAGUAUCAAUGGACCAACUUACAACCUGGCCAAAUAUCUGUCCAAAGAGCUAUCCCCUCAUGUGGGCAACACCACCAGCUUUGUGAAGAACACAGCAGACUUUGUUGAGAAAACAAAAGACAUCAUCACUGAGGAAGGAGACAUUCUAGUCAGCUUUGAUGUGGAGUCCUUGUUCACCAAAGUACCCCUGAAGGAAACCCUGGAAUACCUGGAGGAGUUGUUCCCUAAUGAUUUGGCCAAACUCUUUGACCACUGCCUGAAAGCCAGCUAUUUCCUAUACAAUGGAGAAUUCUAUGAACAAAAAGAUGGAGUAGCUAUGGGCUCACCUCUCUCCCCCAAAGUGGCAAACUUCUACAUGGAAAAGUUUGAGGAAAAAGCCUUGGAGACAGCAACCUUGAAACCAAAGAUCUGGCUAAGAUAUGUGGAUGAUGUGUUUGCUAUUUGGCAACACGGAAGAGACAAACUGCAAGAAUUCAUACAACACCUGAACAGCAUUCAUCUAGCCAUAAAAUUCACUGUAGAAGAGGAAAAAAACAAUGAGCUUGCCUUCCUAGAUGUUAAACUACACAGAGAAACUGGGAAGAAACUGCAGCACAAUGUAUACAGGAAGCCUACACACACCAACAAAUACAUAAGGGCAGAUUCCCACCACCAUCCUGCACAGAAGAAAGGAGUAAUCCACACUCUAGCCAAACGUGCCAGGAUAGUAUGCCAUGAAGAAAACCUAGAACAAGAACUGGAGGAACUAACUACCAUUUUCCAAGAAAACGGAUACAACAAACAGCUGAUCAAAUCAAUAAUCAGAAAAACUGGGGAAGAAAGAGUACCUAAGGAGGAACCUGAAGAAAAAGAAAAGAUUGUGAUAAUGCCAUAUGUCCAAAACACCACAGACAGGAUUGGAAAGCUGCUCAGGAAACAUAACAUAAAACCAGUGUUCAAACCUCUCAAAACCAUCAAAGACACAAUCCCCUCAACAAAGGACAAAGUCCCCUUGGAAACAGAAGGAGUAUACAAAAUAACCUGUUCUCCUAGAAUUUGGAAAAAUACCAAGGAUAGCGGAAUUUAG